UAUAACCGCAGUUUGACAGCUCACAGUUUACUGAGCAGUAGGAAUCAGACGGGACUCCCUGCAGCUUUCAGCCGCUUUUCUCUCUCUCUGCUUCUCUCUUUGCUCUGGAUCAGAAAUAAUAAAACCCUGUUACACUAACGUUACUCACCGGUCUUCUGCGCAGAAUUCGGCGCAUUUGUGCAGGUGUAUAACCCCCUCUCUGGACUGAAUUCUCGGACUUUAUCGUCAUGUAUGCCCGGGUUUAAAUCCUCCAUGGAGCUCUCCAACCUGUACGAGGUCGCGCCUCGGCCCCUGAUGAGCAGUCUGACCCACGGACAGCAGCCUUCCUCUGGCUACAGAGACCCGGCCGACCUCGGCGGUGACAUCGGAGACAGCGAGACCUCCAUCGACCUCAGCGCCUACAUCGAUCCGUCGGCGUUCAACGACGACUUCCUAGCCGACUUGUUCCAUCAUAGCUCCCGGCAGGACAAACUCAAGAUCAUGAACGGGGAGUACGAGUCCGUCCCGUGUGUUGGUGUUGGUGGUCCCGGCCCCCAGCAGCAGCAGCCCCCGCAGCAGCACUACAUGUCCAGCUACAUGGAGUCCAAGAUGGAGCCUCUGUACGAGCACAAUCCUCGCAGAAUUCGCCCCGUGGCGAUAAAGCAGGAGCCGCGAGACGAUGAGGACAUGAACCCGGGAAUGCCUCCAACUUAUCACCACCCGCACGUGCAGCAGUACUCACAGCAGCAGCCGCCGCUGCCGCAGCAGCAGCCACCGCAUCUCCAGUACCAGAUUCAACACUGUGCUCAGACCACCAUGCACCUCCAGCCGGGUCACCCGACCCCUCCGCCGACCCCGGUGCCUAGCCCGCAUCAACACCACCCCCACCCGCACCACCACGCGCACCACCACGCUCACCAGGGCGGCAUGAAGCUUCUGGAACACCCGCGGGGCGGCAGCAGCAGUGGCAGUGGCGGCAGCAGCGGCAGCGAAAGAGGCGGGAAAUCCAAGAAGAACGUCGACAAGAACAGCCCGGAGUACCGGCUGAGGCGCGAGCGCAACAACGUAGCCGUGCGCAAAAGCAGAGACAAGGCGAAAAUUCGGAACAUGGAGACGCAGCACAAAGUGGUGGAGCUGACCACGGACAACGACCGGCUGCGACGGAGGGUGGAGCACCUGACCCGCGAGCUGGACACGUUACGGGGCAUCUUCCGACAGCUGCCCGACGGAUCGUUCAAACCCCCGGGCAGCUGAGAGGCACGGAGCCGCCGACGGACCAACAGCAGGUGUCCUGUUGCCAAAAAGUGAUCCUGAGGAAAACGGCUUGUUACUGGAUGUACUACCCCUUUUAAAAAGGUAUUUUUUUAACAGAUUAGAAAGGUAUGUGUGGGUUAUAAUCUCUCAGAUAAAAUCCUCAUGAACACAUGAGACAGAAACAACCUUUUAAACACAAGUUACGAGCUGUGAUCACUUUUUGGCAAGUGCAAAAGUGCAUUGUAUAGGUUGUAGCCUACUGGCCCUUUAAACAGGUAAUUUUUUUUAACAGAUAAAAAAAAUCUUUGAGGGUUAUAAUCUGUCAGAUUAAAGCCUGGGGAAUGAAAUCAAGUAAUUUUGGGGCAGAAACAACCUUUUAAACACAAGGUAGAAGCCACGAUCACUUUUUGGCAAGUGCAAAAGUGCAUUUUAUGGGUUGUAUUGGCCCUUUAAAAAUUUUAUUUACAGAUAAAACAUUGUGUGCAGGCUGUAAUCUGUCAGAUAGCCUCAUCUCUAAAUCAAGUCAUUUUGAGAAAGUAAAAAAACCUUUCAAACACAAACCUGGAGGCUGUGAUCACUUUUUGGCAAGUGUAAAAGUGCAUUUUUAGGGUUGGACUGGCCCUUUAAAACAGAUAAAAAAAUUUCAGUAUGGGCUGUAAUCCGUCUGAUAAAAGCCAGAGACAGUAAACAACCUUUCAAACACGAAGCUAGGGGCUGCAAUCACUUUUUGGCAAGUGUAAAAGUGCAUUUUAAGGGUUGUACUGGCCCUUUAAAUGGUCUAUUUUGUUCUAUAAUCUAUCACAUGAGACAGAAAAGUAAAUUUCAAUCACAAAGUAGGGUCUGCAAUCACUUCUGUGCAAGUGCAAAAAGGACUGGAUUGUUGUUUUUUUGGCGGACGAUCACUUUUUGGUACAACACCCGUCUGUACGCCAGGCCGGAGAUGGACUUUUUGGAUUUAAACGCUUUCCUUUCUACGUGUUUUCAUGUGUGGACGGACUCCUAAAGGCUCCAAUCAUUCGUCUUUACCUGAAAACAUGACAAACGUCUGCACACAAAAGAGCGAUUUGGGAGAUUUUGUGCAAAACACGAACUUUUCGGAGCCAAAAAGCUGAAACGGUUGAACUUCUGAUUCCCGGAAAAUAGUUUUAACAUGAAACAAGAAGACUUUUUUUUUGGAGCCAAAGUGUAGAGACAGUUGGACUUUAAAGAUUCCAGAAAGUUCUCCCAAAAAAGGACUGGAAACAGGUGAUUAUAUGUCACUGUCAUCUCAUUGGCUGAUCCUGUUUCACCUGUUUGUGACGCAGCUGCAGAGACACAAUGACUUGUUAUGUUGUUUUGCAGUUUUUAAAUGUGCCUUCUUUUAAAAAAUACAAAAAACUUUUUUGUGCAAAAAAAAGCCGAUAAGCUCCAGCAAAUAGUAAACAGAGGAUUGGCUGUUUACGGUGCCUUGUUUUUCAGACACGGACACUCAACUCACAUAUCAGUGCAGCUAAAGUAGGGCCAGAGAUAAGGACACAAACGCAGGCUGCACCUUUUAGUUUUGGGCAGUUUUUCAGCUGUGAAACAAGAUGAAAAUAUGCAGAAUUUGGCAGCCUGUGUUCUGCCAAGGGUGGAGAUGUUGACAUGUAAGUUUAGUUUAAAAUCUGCAGAAUUUAGAGGACUGUUGACACCCUGAGUUGUGUUCAAAGGUGUUUAAAAUCUGCAGGAAUUUAAAGGACUGUUGACAUCAGGAGUUGUGUUUAAAAUCUGCAGGAAAGUCUGCAAGAUUCAUGCAUCUGCAGGUUUCUUUUUUACAAUUUUCAGCGGUGAAAUUCUGCAGAAUUUAGAGAACUGUUAACACCUUGAGUUGUGUUCAAAGGUGUUUAAAAUCUGCAGGAAUUUGGAGAACUGUUGACACCCUGAGUUGUGUUCAAAUGUGUUUAAAAUCUGCAGGAAUUUAGAGAACUGUUGACAUCAGGAGUUGUUUAAAAUGUGCAGUAAAGUCUGCAGAAUUCAUGCUUCUGCAGGUUAUUUUUUUACACUUUUCAGCGGUGAAAUUAGAAGAAAUUCUGCAGGAAUUUGGAGAACUGUUGACACUCUGAGUUGUGUUCAAAUGUAUUUAAAUUCUGCAGGAAUCCAUGCUUCUGCAGACUCCGUGUGGCCCUGAUAAUCCGCCCGUUGUUGUCGUUGUUGUUGUGCAUGUUGUUGGAGAAUCUGUCCGUGUGUUUUCUACAAGUUAAAAGCAUCGUAACGUCAUCGCUCGCAUAUAAAGGCCGAACUUUA